AUGUUAGAUAACCUAUGUCAAGGCUCACUCCCAAACUCAAUUGGAAACUUGACGUCUUUGGAAGAAAUUUCACUAUCCAGUAAUAUACUGAGUGGUAUCCCAAAGAGUCUUGGACAGCUCUCAAAGCUGACUGUGCUAGACAUCUCAGAGAACAUAUGGGAAGGUGUCAUAACCGAAACUCAUCUCGCUAAUCUUUCAAGCUUGACAGAGCUAACAAUGGAUAAAGUAUCCCCAAAUAUUUCUUUGGUCUUCAAAAUUAACUUUGAUUGGAUACCUCCUUUUAAACUCACGUACCUCCUCAUAAGAUCAUGCCAAUUGGGUCCCAAAUUUCCUACCUGGCUUAAAAAUCAAAGUGAGCUGACCUUUGUAAUACUCAACAAUGCUAUGAUUUCAGACACCAUACCAAACUGGUUUUUGAAUUUGGAUUUGCGGCUCGGCAGACUGGAAAUGGCUUAUAAUCAACUAAGCAGCAGGGUGCCAAACUCAUUCAGAUUCAACAAGGAAAGCAUUGUCGACCUGAGUACAAAUAGAUUUCAGGGUCCUCUUCCAAUUUGGUCAUCAAACAUUACCAUCUUUUCUCUAAGGGACAAUCUGUUUUCUAGGCCAAUUCCCCCUAACAUUGGUGAAGCAAUGCCUUUGCUAUCAGAUUUAGAUAUCUCUGAAAACAUUUUGAGUGGAAGCAUUCCCUUGUCCAUUGGAAAUCUAACGGGAUUGACAACCUUAAUUAUUUCCAACAAUAAACUAUCAGGUCAGAUUCCUCAUUUGUGGGAAGAUAAACAAUUCUUGUAUAUAGUGGACAUGUCAAAUAACAGUCUUUCAGGAACAAUCCCAACAACAAUGGGUUCUCUAAGUUCACUUGAAUUAUUGGUUCUCUCAAACAACAAACUUUCAGGUGAACUUCCUUCAUCUUUGCAAAACUGCGCUAACAUGGUUAAUUUGGAUCUUGGAGAUAACAGAUUUACAGGUAAGCUUCCAGCUUGGAUAGGAGAAAGUAUGCACAACUUGUUGAUCUUGAGUUCGCGGUCCAACUCCUUCAGUGGGAACAUUCCUCAUCAGUUUUGUGGGCUUUACAAACUUCACAUAAUGGACCUGUCUCACAAUCAUCUCACCGGUCACAUUCCACAUUACAUUGGCAAUCUCAGUGGCUUGAAAUCUGAAGGCAUAGACGAAAUCACAUACCAAGGAAAAUUGAAGGUGGUGGCGAAAGGAAGAGCUCUGUUAUAUGAUUCCACCUUAUACCUCUUUAAUAGCAUUGACCUAUCAAACAAUAACUUAUCGGGAGGUAUACCAAUGGAACUAACAAAACUCAUAAAACUUGGUACUUUAAAUUUGUCCAUGAAUCAUUUGACAGGACAAAUCCCAUCUAGCGUUGGGAAUUUAGAGUGGAUUGAAACUCUUGAUAUCUUCAUGAACCAUAUUUCUGGUCCAAUCCCACUUUCAAUGACUUCUUUAACAUUUCUGAACCAUCUCAAUCUCUCGUACAAUAACUUGUCCGGAAAAAUCCCAACCACCAAUCAGUUUCUGACCUUUGAUGAUCCAUCAAUCUACGAAGGAAAUGUCGGUCUCUUUGGAAGACCUUUGUUAACUGAAUGUCCUAAUCACAGUGGCCAAAGCAAACCAGGAGGUGAUGAAGAAGACGGAGAUGGAGAUGGAGAUGGUGGAGAUAAAUUUGAGAAACUGGGCUUAAUUAUCAACAUUGUGAUUGGGUUUUUUGUGGGAUUUUGGGGAGUUUGUGGAACUUUGAUCAUCAAGAGGCUUGGAGAAUUGCGUAUUUCCGCUUUGCUGAAAGAGUGA